AUCCUCCCACUUCAGCUUCCCAGAGUGCUAGGAUUACAGGCGUGAGACACCGCUCAUGGCCAGCUUCUGCCAUUUGUCCCUGGGAAAUAUUGCCAGCUUUUCCCUAAUCCCAGAGUGGCAGCCCUGCCCUGUCACUUACCUCAAACCUACCAUGUCCCUGGGGCCACUGAAAUUCCAGGCAAUGGGUGAAGAAGAUGAGGACGAGGAGCAGGAGAGCCUGGACUCCGUGAAGGCACUGACGGCCAAGCUGCAGCUGCAGACUCGGCGGCCCUCCUAUCUGGAGUGGACAGCCCAGGUCCAGAGCCAGGCCUGGCGCAGGGCCCAAGCCAAACCUGGGCCAGGAGGACCUGGGGCCAUCUGUGGCUUCGACUCGAUGGACUCCGCUCUUGAGUGGCUCCGACAGGAGCUGCGGGAGAUGCAAGCUCAGGACCGGCAGCUGGCGGGGCAGCUGCUGCGGCUGCGGGCCCAGCUGCACCGGCUGAAGAUGGACCAAGCCUGUCACCUGCACCAGGAGCUGCUGGAUGAGGCGGAGCUGGAGCUGGAGCUGGAGCCUGGGGCCGGUCUGACCCUGGCUCCGCCGCUGCGUCACCUGGGCCUCACGCGCAUGAACAUCAGCGCCCGGCGCUUCACCCUCUGCUGAGGGACACCUGCUCUGCUCUCCGGGGACACCUGUUGCCGCUUCCCCAGCCUGCCUGGGAAGAGGGAGAGAGGGGUGCCCCAGAGGCGCCAGCACCUGGUGGGCAAGUGGGGAACACUCAGGUCUCUGAGAAAUGAGUCCCAAGUGUGCAAAGCCCAACCAUCCUGUCACCCCUGCUGCCCUAGCUAGCCAGGGGCAAGGGAAGGAACUCAGACCCCCAAGCUCCUCAAUAAACGCCCUUUGUGCUUCCCA